AUGCUCCUUCAACUCUUCGGCAAUGACCAGGUCCACAAUCUCCUGAUCGGUCAUUUCAGCCCCACCAGCAAGGUUCUCCUCCUCCACAUCGACGAGAAAGUGGAUACUCAUCUUCUCGUUGCUCGUAACUAUGCCCUUUUCGACCAGCUCAUCGUUCGUUGA